UGACAAUGUUACUGUCAACUCUGAUUAUUAAUUAUUGUUGUGAAAGGAUUUGCCUGAUGAGGAGGAGCGAUUUUUGAAUUAAAAGUAAUAAAUUGAGUGUCACUAUCUUAUAUUAUACAUCAGUAUCUUUUUACGAUGGCGCUGCAAAGAAAGGAAAUCCGUAAAAGGAACAAGAAGCAUAUUAUCUGCAUGGCUUCAGACUUCUUCUAUCCUAAUACGGGCGGAGUGGAAGAGCAUAUUUAUAAUUUAUCUCAAUGUUUAAUAAAGCGAGGGCACAAGGUAGUUAUAAUAACACAUUCGUACGGUCAGCGAGUUGGAAUUCGUUAUUUAACGUGUGGACUCAAAGUAUAUUACUUGCCUGUCAGGGUAUUUUACGCACAGUGUGUCCUACCAACUAUGAUAAGCAAUAUAGCACUAAUAAGAUACAUAUUGAUAAGAGAGAGAAUAGAAAUUGUUCAUGGGCAUUCUGCAUUCAGUGUCCUAUGCCAUGAAGUGUCAAUUAUAGGUAAAUUAAUGGGACUCAAGACAGUUUUUACUGAUCACAGCCUAUUUGGUUUUGCUGACACAUCUGCUGUCCUCACUAACAAGUAUCUGCAGAUGUGUCUGUGUGAGUGUGAUCAUUGUAUAUGUGUAUCACACACUGGAAAAGAAAAUACAGUGCUCAGAGCAAAAGUGAAGGCAUAUAAAGUUUCUGUGAUUCCGAAUGCUGUUGAUGCUUACAGUUUUACUCCAGACCCAAGCAAAAGAGAGCCAAAUGUGAUAACUAUAGUGAUUGUAUCCCGGCUGGUCUACAGGAAAGGUGUUGAUCUGAUGGCUGCAGUAAUAGCUGACAUGUGCCCCAAAUAUCCAAACAUAAGAUUUAUAGUUGGUGGAGAUGGUCCCAAAAUGUGGCUCUUGCAAGAAGUAAGGGAACAAAAGGGCUUCCAGCAUUGUGUUACCCUCUUAGGAAGUCUCAAACAUUCAGAAGUCAGGAAUGUUUUAGUGAAAGGGGAUAUAUUUUUAAAUACUUCUUUAACAGAAGCUUAUUGCAUGGCAAUCGUUGAAGCUGCUUCUUGUGGGUUAAAAGUGGUUUCCACUAGAGUUGGUGGCAUCCCUGAAGUAUUACCUGAAAGUAUGAUUUACCUAACAGAACCAAAUGUUAGCAGUCUAGUUGAAGGAAUUGAAAAGGCAAUGGACGACAUAGACAAAGGGAAUAUAUUAUGUCCAUUUGAAUGCAAUAAGAGAAUAAGGAAAAUGUACAAUUGGAUGGACAUAACAAAGAGGACAGAAAUAGUUUACAAUAAAAUAUCAUUGAAUAAAGAACAGCCUUUAGGAUUACAAUUACGAAACUACCUCACAUGUGGUGUAUGGCCAUUUCUUUUAGUCAUAAGUUUAAUGUAUUUGUUAUUAAAAUUGACUGAAAAAAUAUAUAAAAAGAAACACAUUGAUAUUGCAAAGGAUUAUAAGUUAUAGCCAUGGUUAUUGUGUUCAAAUUAUUUAUUUGGGAUUGUGAUUACAUCUCUUUGUUUCCUCUUAUUUUACUUGUUUAGUCACAAAUAUUGUUAUACAUUGUCCAGCCAUUUACAUUGCUUUUUGUAUAUUGUAAAAGCAAUUAUUUUUGAUAAUACUCUUAAAUAUGUUUACUGACUGUUUACUUAUGUAUAGGGGUAACAGUUUUAACUUAACUAGCAAGGUUUAUUUUGUGUUCAAAAUGCAGUUUAUCUGUUUGUUAGAGAAAGUUAAGAGUCUGCUUCUCACUCGACUAACUUAUUUCAAUGAUCAAUCUGCUAAAAGUAAAAUAAUGGUUGGAUGAUAUAGGUAUUUAUAACUUUAAUAUGCAAACUUUUAUGUACAAAAAUCGUGACUUAUUUUAGAUGAAUUGGGAUAGGAUAAUGAUACCAAAGAAAUUGAAACAAUUAUAAUUUUAUUUUGGAAUGAUAUUUAUUAACAUUAUGACAAAAACGUGGCUUAACUAGUCCUAAUAAUAGUUCGCCUUUAUGAUUUAUACAUCAUUUAAUACAAUAUAAAAUGAAAUAAAUAACACUAUUAUGGUUGUUAUUACAUUCCAGUAUUAUUAAACAGCAGUGGAACAACUUUUAUAUUAGUAAAUUUCUCCUAAAUUAUUAUAAUUAUAAGUGUGAUUUUUAUAUACCGAGACUGAUGAUUAGGUACAAUUUUUGCAAUAAUGUAUCUUUUACAUUUUGCUGACACUUCAGGCUCUGUGAACAAAAACAUUUUAUUAUAAUUGUGUAUUAUUUUAUGGUAUUAUAAAUAGAAUAUAUUUUUUAGACAGUUACCUUUAAUUCUUAGAUAGUUACAAAUUAUUCAGGUAUUUUUCCCUAUUUUCAUUAAAAAAAUAUAUACUCAUAAACCAGUAAA